AUGGCAAGUGAUGCUCUGGAUCUCUUAGCUUUGCACUGCUUGAAGGCUCCAUUGGAUCUAAAUCCAAUAAUUGAUUUGGACAAAUUUGUUAACAAAUUGCGAGUUAAAUAUAGAACUCUUAGCCUUGAGUUUCGCGUGACCGACGUGAGUGUUAUCGCUGACUUCAUCUCUGACAUUGUGCAUCAGAAUUGCACCGAUAUGUUGUUGGAAAUAUUUUCAUCUCUUCGAUCAGAUUCUCUUGAAAGUGUAAGUUACGAGGAUUUUGGGCAGCCAGAUUGUAUAUGCAAAUAUUGUGGAUCACACAUGUGGUAUGGAGAGAGGAAUCGCAAGCAGUAUAAGCCAAUUGUGCCAGAAUUCUCUAUGUGUUGCAAGGAAGGGAGUAUAAAAAUUGCAUACCCACCGUUGCCUGAACCUCUCGCUGAUUUGUAUUACACUGACAAUAAAAGAAGCAAGUACUUUAUGGAAAAUAUUCGAUCUUUUAACAAUAUGUUUGCCUUCACAUCAAUGGGUGGCAAGAUUGACAGCUCUAUGAAUAGUGGGAACGCUCCUCCGACGUUUGAUCUGAAUGGCGAAAAUUAUCAUCGGAUCGGUAGUUUGCUGCCAAUGGAAGGAAAUGGCCCGAAGUUUGCUCAAUUGUACAUUUAUGACACCGACAACGAAAUCAAGAAUAGAAUGGCCGCUGUGAGGGACAUUCUUGAUGAUGUCAAUUCCUACGUCAAACAGUAUAGAACUGCAAGAGAUACUUUAAAGGCGAGCAAUUCCCCUACUGUCAAGCUAAGAAUAUUAGGCAAGAGAAAUCGGGAUGGUCGGAGGUAUAAUUUGCCUACAGCGUCAGAGGUUGCAGCUUUAAUAGUCGGCGACUUUGAUUCUUCUGAUUUUGAAAGAGAUGUUGUUGUCGAAGAGAGAACUGGUAUUUUGCAGAGAAUUUCAAUUCUUGAGCCAUCUUACUUCCCAUUGCAAUAUCCGCUUUUGUUUCCAAGAGGAGAGGAUGGUUAUCGAAAAGAUAUCAGGUACAAUGAAUCAUCUAAUAAGACACUGAAAAAAAGGUUAUAUGUCACUCAAUUAGAAUGGAUGGCUUAUAUGGUCCAGCAUCGAGAAAGGAUUUUUUCAACUAUUGUUUUUUCACGGAGGCUGCUCCACCAAUUUUUAGUUGACGGAUUCAGUAUGAUAGAGUAUGCCAGGUUAAGGUAUGCAAGAGAUUAUCAAAAAGAGUUAAGGGCGGAUAUGUAUAAAGGAUUAACUGAAGCACUUCUAAGAGGAGAGACAAAUUCAGCUACUACUGGAAAAAGAAUUAUUUUGCCGUCGACUUUUGUUGGUGGUCCACGGUACAUGAUCCAAAACUAUCAAGAUGCAAUGGCUAUCUGUGGAUGGAUUGGAUAUCCCGAUCUAUUCAUCACGUUUACUUGCAAUCAUAAAUGGCCGGAGGUUGUUGAUUUUCUCAAAUUGCAUAAUCUAAGACCAGCAGAUAGACCAGAUUUGUCUUGCCGAAUUUUCAAGUUAAAACUCGAUCAUCUCAUAAAGGAGAUCAAGAAGGGCCAAAUAUUUGGAGAAGUCCGGGCAGUUAUAUAUACUAUUGAAUUUCAAAAGCGUGGACUACCUCAUGCACACAUACUGGUGUUUUUGAAGCCAAGAUAUCGCUGUAAGAAGCCUGAGGAUCUUGACAAGAUUAUAUCAGCAGAGAUUCCAAACAAAGAUACAGAUGUGGAGUUAUUUAAUAUAGUGACUACGCUGAUGAUUCACGGCCCAUGUGGUGACCAAAACACAAGUUCGCCUUGCAUGCUCAAAAAUAGAUGUACCAAGCACUUUCCAAAGAAAUUUGUGGAUCAAACCGUGAUCGAUAACGAUGGAUAUCCAGUUUACAAAAGAAGGGACAAUGGAGUUUAUGUAAAAAAAGGAGAGUGUUUUGCAGACAAUAGGUUUGUUGUGCCGUAUAAUAGAACACUGCUCUUGAAGUACAAUGCUCAUAUCAAUGUUGAGUGGUGCAACCAAAUUCGUUCAAUCAAGUACCAUUUCAAAUAUGUAAACAAGGGACAUGAUCGCGUCACCGCAAACUUUUAUGGUGGUGGAGGUGAAAAUGGUUUGGAUGAGAUAAAAAUAGAACCUUCGGUUGAACGGUUAAAUUAUCAUUUAGAAAAUGAGCAUUCAAUUACGUACGAAGAGAACGAGGAUAUUGCAGAUGUCAUAGAAAGAUCGCAUAGAAAAACUACAAAGUUUUUGGCUUGGAUGAAAGCAAAUCAGAAGUAUCCAGAAGCAAGAAAUAUGACUUACAAUCAAGUCCCGACAAAAUUCGUGUGGAAAGCACAAGAUCAUGAAUGGACUCCUAGGCAGCUUGGUUUUUCGAUAGGAAGGGUCCAUUUUGCUCCACCAGGUUCCGGCGAAAGUUUUUACCUGAGAACUCUCUUAAACUACAUCAAAGGUCCGACAUCUUUCGAUGACAUCAAGACAGUCGACAAUGUCAAAUACAAUACUUUCAAGGAAGCCUACUACGCUAUGGGGUUACUGGAUGAUGACAAGGAGUUUAUAGACGCCAUAAUGGAAGCAAGUCUUUGGGGAACUGGCACUUAUUUACGUAGACUCUUUGCGGAACUUAUGGUAUCUGAUCAGUUUGCCAGACCAGAUGUUGUCUGGAAUUCUACAUCCGCAAGUUUAAUUGAUGACAUUCUCCACAAACAGAGGCGGGUGCUUGGAGCUCCAGAUUUACGGUUGACUGAUGAGCAGUUGAAGGCUUAUGCGUUGGCCGAACUAGAAAUGUUGUUGCAGAGCGCUGGGAAGAGUUUGUCUGAUUUUCCUCCAAUGCCAAAGGCCGAUGCAUCGUUGGUCCCAGAUGUCGGGAGUAGAUUGAUUUAUGAUGAGAUGAACUAUAAUAGGUCUGUACUAGCUGCUGAACAUACCCGGUUGAUGUCGACCAUGACUUCGGAACAACAUAAUGUAUAUGAUACAAUCAUUACAAGAGUCAAGGAAGACAAGCCUGGUUUAUUUUUCCAAUACGGUUAUGGUGGUACGGAGAAGACAUUUAUUUGGAGAGCUUUGUCAGCUGCUUUAAGGUCUGAUGGUGAGAUUGUUUUAGCAUGUGCAUCGAGUGGGAUUGCUGCCUUGCUUAUACCCGGUGGAAGAACUGCACAUUCGAGAUUCAGUAUCCCUUUUAUAAUCAAUGAGACCUCAAUGUGUGGAGUUACCCCAAAUACACUGUUGGCAUCGCUGGUGAUUAAGGCUAAACUUAUCAUAUGGGAUGAAGCACCAAUGAUGCACAAACAUUGUUUCGAAGCACUCGAUAGAUCCUUGAGAGAUGUUCUAAAGACCAUAGAUGAAAGAAACAAGGACAUACCGUUUGGUGGUAAGGUUGUUGUCUUGGGUGGAGAUUUUAGACAGAUAUUACCAGUCAUACCCAAAGCUCCCAGGCCAGAGAUUGUCUAUGCUUCAAUUAACUCAUCUGAUUUAUGGAGGUACUGUGAAGUCCUUACGCUUACAAAAAAUAUGAGGGUUCUAAGCGGCGCAUCUGAAGCUGACAUUGAAGAGAGGAAGUUGUUUUCUGACUGGGUUUUAAGAGUUGGGGAUGGUACAAUUGGGGAAAUCAAUGAUGUCGACAUAUCCGUUGAAAUCCCGUCUGACUUGCUUAUUCCAAGUUCAGGUAAUCCUAUUGCAUCUAUUGUUCAAAGCACUUACCCAAAUUUGUUAGGACACAUUGGUAAAGCAGAAUAUUUUCAAAGCAGAGCAAUAUUGGCACCAAAGAAUACAAUUGUUGAUCAGGUUAAUGAUUAUGUGUUAGACUUGAUUCCUGGUGAGGAAAAAAUUUAUUUGAGUUAUGAUACACCUUAUCAUAAAAACCUAGGCGGUGACGCAGUGGACAACAUCCACACGCCUGAAUUUCUCAACACCAUUGUUGCCUCCGGAUUACCAAAUCAUAGGAUUCGAUUGAAAGUAGGAGUACCUGUGAUGUUAUUGAGGACAAUAGAUCAAAAUUUGGGCUUAUGUAACGGUACAAGAUUGAUUAUUACAAAGAUGGGUAAAUUUGAGCUCGAGGCAGAGGUAAUAUCUGGAUCUAAUAUAGGUGAAAAGAGUCAGGGUCAGUCUUUGAAAAAUGUUGGUGUCUAUCUACCGUCUCCUGUUUUUUCACAUGGACAAUUGUACGUCGCAAUAUCGAGGGUUACUUCAAGGGAUGGUUUAAAGAUGUUGAUCAAUGACGAGGACGGCCAAGAUACUGAUGUGACAUCAAAUGUGGUCUACAGAGAAGUUUUCCGUAAUGUGUAG